AUGUCAAUUUUCGUCCGAAGUGUUCGAGUUUUUGCUCGAAAUAACCCUGCAAAGCUCUUCCGAAAAGGGACAAACCAUCAGUUCCAAUGUAGCAUAAGAUCAGCUAGCUUCUUCCCUAUUGACGAUAGCUUAUUUGGUUUGACAGAUGAACAGAAACAGCUGAGGGAGUCCGUAUUCAACUUUGUACAGAAAGAACUGGCUCCAAAAGCUGCAGAAAUUGACAAGUUGGACAAAUUCGAAGAUAUGAAGGAUUUCUGGUUAAAAUGUGGAGAAAUGGGACUUCUAGGCCUUACUGCGCCAGCGGUCUAUGGUGGAACAGAGGGUUCAUAUUUAGAUCACUGCAUCGUGCAGGAGGAGAUGUCCAGGGCGUCUGCUGCCAUUUCUCUUAGCUACGGUGCCCACUCCAAUCUCUGUGUCAACCAAAUCGUGAGGAAUGGAAGUGCAGCUCAAAAGGAAAAAUAUCUCCCAAAGUUGAUAAGUGGGGAACACAUAGGUGCCUUGGCCAUGAGUGAACCGGGAAGUGGCUCUGAUGUUGUGAGCAUGAAACUCAGGGCAGAUAAACAAGGUGACUUUUAUGUCUUGAACGGUACCAAGUUCUGGAUCACAAAUGGACCGAAUGCUGAUGUUGUUGUCGUUUAUGCUAAAACAGAUCGCACUACAAAUAAACCGCAACAUGGAAUUAGUGCAUUCAUUGUUGAAAAGGACAUGCCUGGGUUCAGCGUUGGCCUUAAACUGGAUAAACUAGGAAUGAGAGGCUCUCAAACAGGGGAAUUGAUAUUUGAGGAUUGUAAAGUCCCAGCCGAAAAUAUGCUGGGUGAAAUGAAUAAAGGUGUCUAUGUGUUGAUGAGUGGUCUUGAUAUUGAGAGGCUAGUCUUGGCUGCAGGACCCGUUGGGAUUAUGCAGGCAUGUUGUGAUAUUGCAUUUGAUUAUGCUCACCAGAGAAAACAAUUUGAUACAAGGAUAGGAGAAUUCCAGCUAAUUCAAGGCAAGAUGGCCGACAUGUAUACCUCACUGAAUGCUUGCCGAGCCUACCUGUAUAAUGUAGCCAGAGCAUUGGAUAGUGGGCAGAGACAAGCAAAGGAUUGUGCUGGUGUGAUAUUAUACUGUGCCGAGGCAGCUACAAAGAGUGCAUUGGAUUGCAUUCAACUUUUAGGUGGGAAUGGUUACAUCAAUGACUACCCGGCAGGGCGUUUAUUAAGAGAUGCAAAACUCUAUGAAAUAGGUGCUGGAACAAGUGAAGUUCGCCGCCUCAUCAUAGGCCGCGCUAUCAACGCUCAUUAUUCUUAAUGAAAGGUACAUCGGACAAUUGAAAUCUUGUGCGGUUUAAAGCUGGAAUUGACAAAUUACAAAAUGCCCAGAUUAGACAGGAUGUGCACAUGUUUGGCCAAUGUUUGACCAAUGUUACACACUCAACCCCUUUAGAACUACGCGUAGGUGAUAAGUCCCUUUGUAACCAGGUCACGACAUGUCACGAUUUGGGGUGUAACAAAUAAGGUAUGCCGAACAGGGCCUAUGUAUUUGUCUAUUACCACUUUUAUAGUAUUACAGAUUUGAUGGUUGCAUAUCGAUUGAUACUGGGUGUGUGUGUGAAAUGUAAAUUUUUAACUUGAGUUUUCCUGCUGUAAAUACUGUACAGAAAGUUUUUGAAACCACCCCAAUCGUAUUGAAAAGUUUCAUUUUACAAGACCACAUUGCAUUUUAUGGUCCUUUGUGACAGCUUAGAAAUCAUGCCUUGAUACUUUAAAUCCUAUUGAAUAGUAUGAUGACAGCUUAUAAUGUUACCAACAGUGUGCACCUAUAAAGUCUGAGAUCAAAUGCUACAUGUCAUUGGACUCUCGAAGAAAUAUUUUGCACUUAUUUCAAAAACUGAAGUCAUAUUUCAGAAUUUUGAUACGUGCUGGUAGGUGUUCAGAAUACGUAACACUACAGGAUGUCAUCCUACUAAAGAAUGUUAGGCAACAGUCAUUAGGUUUGCAGACGCUCAUACUGUCGUGGUCGGAAGUAACUUCUUUGUAUAGCUUACGCAAAUAAAUUUUUCUGUCUUUCGAAAUGAGACAUUGCCCUCAGCUGUGAACUUGAUAUCUGUGAUCGUUUUGUGAAACUAUGAAUCCUCCAUCUCGUAAAGCGAUUAAGAUAUCAGGCAGGCAGUGUAACAGAAGUUUAACCCUUUGCAGACAGCUAUCAUUUUGUAAUUAAGACAAUCUAGAAUUGUGGCCAGACUACAUUGAAUCAUGACACAGUUGAACCUCUCUAUUAAGGACACCCCUUGGACUGACAAAUGCUUGCCUUAAUCAAGAGGUGUAAUGAUCCAAGAGAUCAAAUUCAGUGAAAGCAACCAAUUUGGGCCUAGGUGCAGUUUCCUUAAUAGAGAGGGUGUCUUUAAUAGAGAGGUGUCGGCUAUGGGAGGUUCAACUGUAGUUCCACUCGAGAGGGCUUUGGCACUCUCAACAGGGAGUAAGUGGUUAGUAUGGAAGAUAUUUAUUCACAUUAACCAGGUGAUUGGUGUUGGUAGUUCUACGAGUGUAUUCAGAAUAAACAUGACUU